CUUCCUGCCAUCUGUGUAUAAAUAUACACCCUUUUGCAGAUUGUAUUACUUUUGGACCUGUGAUUCACCAUGAUUUUGUCUGAUUGCUGGAGUUUGUGUGCAGUGCUGUUAAUAUGUCCUCUUUAUAUGGGUGUCAGUGUUCUGUGUGAAGUCUUCUGUAAAGAGGAGAAUGUGGGCGUGGAAGGAGGUCAUUACACACUUACCAAGAAGCUUGCGUACGGCAGUAUGCUGAUAUACCACUGUCCAGACGAGUACUAUCCCUAUCCAGCUUUAACUCGCUUGUGCCAGAAAAGUGGAACUUGGUCACCGACUCCCCAUAUAAGGCCUGUUCAAAAGUGCAAGAUGGUUGAAUGCCCGAACCCCUUGGUUUUGGAAAGUGGUUCUGUCUUUCCUUUACAAAUGCAGUAUUUUGUCAACAAUAAGACCACAUAUGAGUGCUAUUCUGGAUACACAUUACGUGGCUCAUCCUCCCGUGUGUGCCAACCCAAUGGGAAGUGGAGUGGGGGAACACCCAUUUGCAGACGCGACUCAGGAGGCGGAGAGCGUUGUGCUGACCCUGGGAUUCCGGCCGGUGCUAGGAGGUUUGGGUCAAGUUUUGGCAUAGAAGACAAAGUGACAUACCACUGUGACGAGGGCUUACAUUUGCUGGGGUCAAAGGAGCGUGUAUGUCAAGAGAAUGGCCAAUGGACUGGGACUGAGCCUAAAUGUUACUACAAGCACACGUAUGACACUGCACUGGAGAUCACAGAGGCAUUCGGCAGUGCUAUCAGAGAGAGCCUUCAGUUGGCAGCGCCCAUCGAUGACACAGAUCAGGAAGGAAAGAAGAUCACGGUAGAUAAAGCUGGAAAGCUUAACAUAUACAUUGCUAUGGACAUCUCUGACAGCAUUGUGGAGGAUCAGUUUAACAAAGCAAGAAAUGCUGUCAAGAAACUUAUCACAAAGGUCAGCUCCUUCGCAGUCAGCCCAAAUUACGAAAUCCUUUUCUUCGCUUCUGAUGUAUUAGAAGUUGUCAACAUAUUAGAUUUUUCUGGAGAAAAAAGAAAAAAACUUGAACAAGUCUUGGCUGACUUGGACAACUUUAAUUAUGGAGAGAGAGAAAAUGUUGGGACCAAUCUCAACCUUGCUUUUAAAACCAUCCUGGAACGCAUGGCUAUCCAAAAACAACGAAAUGAAACUUUAUUCAAGGAGGUCCACCAUGUCCUCAUAUUUUUCACAGAUGGUGCUUUCAACAUGGGGGGUAGGCCCGAAACCACAGUGGCCAAAAUCAGGGAAAUGGUCUACAUGAAUCAAAAGGAAGAAAGGGAUCAAUAUCUUGAUAUCUAUGUUUUUGGUGUUGGAAGUGAAAUCUUUGAUGAAGAUAUCCAGCCACUUGUGACAAAACGGGAUAAUGAGGACCACUACUUUAAACUAAAGGAUGGUACAGAAUUGGAAGAAACCUUUGAUAAAAUAAUUGAUGAGAGCAAGGUUGUGGGUCUAUGCGGGCUCCAUAGAAACUACGAUCAUGACACCGCAGACACCAUACGUGUAAGAUAUCCCUGGAAUGCAAGGAUUGGCAUCCCGCAUGAGGAUGGAAGUUAUGGUAAAUGCAUGGGGUCUCUGGUCACUCCCCGCUUCAUCUUGACUGCUGCUCACUGCUUCAAGUUCACAGACACAGCAGAUCAAAUCAAGAUUACGGUUGGCAGAAAUCAAGUUCUUACGGGAUCCCGCCUAAUAUUACACCCUAAUUAUGAUAUCAAAGCCAAAGAGAAAGAGGGGAUAAAGGAGUUCUAUGAUUAUGACAUAGCUCUCGUCGAACUUAAGAAUGAUGUGGAUAUCUCUAUCAACAUAAGACCAAUUUGCAUCCCUUGCACCAAGGAAACAAGUGGUGCUUUAAGAUUGUCGGGAGAGGAAAUCACCUGCAAGCAACAAGAAGAGCUCUUGUUAAAAAAUCCAAUUGAAGAAGUCAGUUUCAUGUCACAUGAUAAGGACAAGGGAAAUAAUAAGGAUCAGCGGAGCGAUGCCAAACUUAAGCUCCAGGAUCAGAGGGAAAAUUGUAUUGAAUUGGCUACUAAGGUAGAUGGCAUAACAUCGGAUAAUCUGAAGGAUGUUGUCACUGAAAACUUCCUGUGCUCGGGUGGACGUCAACCUACUAGAGAUCAUGUUGCCUGCAAAGGUGACUCCGGUGGUGCUCUGUUUAAGAACUAUGAUUAUCGCACAAUCCAGGUUGGAUUGAUCAGCUGGGGCACCAAAAAUCUGUGCACUGAUGGUAACAACGACGUCCAACAGGAGUCUGACGAUGACUCCAGAGAUUUCCACAUCAACCUUUUUAAAGUUGUGCCAUUUCUGAAGAAGCAUUUGGGGGAUGACACACAAGGUUAUGCACCGCUUCAGUUUUUAGACAAAUAGAGACGGCGAUUAAAGGUGUGCGUUUUAACAAAGUUUCAUGAUCAUGUGAUUAUGUCGUUCUGGCACUGAACAUGAUCAUGUGUAUGAAAAAUAGUUUGCUGAACUAUAGUUAUCAAUGAAAGUGUGCUCUUUACUAGUGCUGAUGAACUCAUUAACUGAAUUUGAAGAUGAAAAUGUGUUCUUUACUAGUGCUGAGAAACUCAUUAACUGAAUUUGAAGAUGAAAA